CUCAAUGAUGUCCUUAAAUGGUGAUUUUUCCUAGGAAGAAAAAUGAGAGAGAGAGAUGAGCAUUGAGCUGAUAUGGGUAAUGGCAACGUUUUGACUUUCUGCACUCUACAGGCUGCUGCUGCUGCUGCACAAUUAUAACAUCAAAUCAAUCAAUGCUCAUUCAUGGCAUUUUGGCACCCUCCUUCUCCUCCAAACUCGAAAGACAGAAUCAUCACUCCAUAUCAUUGCCAUUUACUCUGCCUGCCUGCCUGCCCCUCUCUCUCUCUCUAACAAGUCAAAACACUCAAAACCCAAUUUACAGCCUUCAGUUCUUUCUUCUCCAUCUGUUCUUUAUAAAGGAGACACACAGAGCUUUUUUAAUCUGUUAUUUAAAGCUUGAGAUGAAAACAAUGGCAAAUGGGCUCACUUUGAUUUUCCUUUUGGGUUUUCUACUUCUGUUGUCAAGGGCAGAAGCCAGAUCAAUGCCUGCUGCCUCCAUUUUACCUGAGUCUGAUCCAAAUGCUUCUUCUUCCAAUAUUCCCAUCAGAUCAUCACCUAUUGAGGAACCAAGCCUGGAUGUGGAUGAUGAUGAUGCUUGCAAGGGUUUAAACAGUGAAGAGUGUUUGAUCAGAAGGUCCAUGGUUGCUCACACAGACUAUAUCUACACACAAGACAUCAGCUCUACUGGACCAUGAUACUAAAAUAUAAUAUAUUUUCUCUUCACUAGCUAGUCACUGUAUUUUAUAAAUUUUUGCUGCAUCCUGUAAUGAAGGAAA